UUCAACAUUCAUAGCAAAGAGAAACCAUUGCUCCAUUACUCUGUUUUGUGGUUAUUUAUUCAUUUCAAUUCUCUCAGCUGCUGUCGGCGCUCGGUAAAUACUAGUGCAAUGGCUCCUGCUCACACCGGCGAUGGUGACGCGGGAGCAUUUCUUUCUCUUUCCAAGGAGGCUAAAGAAAGCAAAGACAAGAAGGAUGAUGAAGACCUGUCGGACGAAGAUUUGGCGUUGAAACAUCAGUCAGAACUAUCUGUCGAAAGAGUUCAGAGGACAGCUCCGGAGAGUACAAGUGACAGCCUACGGUUAGCAACUCUGCUGGUGGAGAUGAAGGAGGGACUUGAUCUGGUCAGAAGUAAAGUGCAGCAGCUAGUUCAGAAGGUGAAAGAAAACUAUUAUUGCACGAAAGAUGGGAUAAGCUACCUAGAUGUGAAGUAUAUGUUGCUUCUGAGCUAUUGUCAAUCAAUUGUAUACUAUUUGCUUCGGAAAGCAGAAGGUUCUUCCAUUCAAGGACACCCAGUGACUAACUAUCUUGUUGAAAUCAGGUUAUUCCUGGAGAAGAUACGACCAAUUGAUAAAAAGCAUCAGUAUCUAAUUGAGAAGCUUUCAAGGGUGGAUGCUAAUGUUUCUGCACAAGGAACUGCUAGUAAAAGUGAAGGCAAUUUUAAUGUUCAUCAAGAAGAUGCAUUAAAAUAUAGGCCAAAUCCAGAUAUGCUCGUCUCUAAACUGGAUCCAGUAGCUCAGGAUGGUGAGGGUAUCUAUCGGCCUCCAAUGUUUGCUCCAACAGUUAUGGAUGAGGAAAAAAAUGCAAAAGAUAAAAAAUUACAAAUGCGGAAGCAGAAGGAGAUGCUACACAAAGCGUCACGCAGUGCUUUUGUGAAAGAGCUUGCUAAUAAGCUAGAAGGAAAGCCAGAUGAGGUAAGAGAAAUUGUUGGAGCUGAAAGUAAAGAGAUGCUGAGAGAACAGUCAAAGCUUGUAGAACGUGCCCGUCAAGAAGAGGAACUGUUUACUCGCGUUCCACUUUCAAGGAUUGAGAAGAAGAAGAUUAAACAUCUUAAGCGGUCAAGGAAUGGAUUGUUGGGGCUUAUGGAUGACUUUAAUGAUGAUAUAUCUGGUUUGAUUGCAAUGGAAAAAAAUGAUGGGAGUGACAACCAUUCUCGUCGACAGACAGAAGGGAGAAAAAAGUUCAAAAAACGCAAGGUGAAGCGUUGAAAUAAUUUUUGGUCCUUAUUAAUGCUAUUCACAGUGGAGAGCAGUUUUGAAUAGAAAGGUUUGGACAAAGUUACUUGUAGAAUGUGCUAUAUUUUGGGCAGAAAGCUUCUUCGGCUGGCUUGAUCUAAUAUUUUAUUCCUCCAUCAAGGGUGCUUUAAUGUUACAAACUAUUCAAGCACUGAUAUUUGUCAUUGGGCAUUCAAAAUGUAAUUUGGUAUUACGGCAGUCUAAUUCUUCAACGAGAGCAACUUUCAACGAGAGCAACUUUUUAUGUUAAUUCUUAUUUCAUUCAAUAAAUGUUUUGGCCUUUGUUUUCUGUUUCAGUUAUGAAUAUAAAGAAAUAAAGCUUCUUUGGCAAUGCAUUGUUUU